UAGAUUGAUAUAUGAUAAAAGAAAAUGUAUUUUUAUUUUAUUAAACUUUUUUUCAGUUUUCCAAAAAAUGAAGAUUUAAGAUUAAAGUGGUAUGAAGCUAUAGGAAAAAAGGUAUAUCGUAAUGCAUGCAUAUGCAGCAAGCAUUUUACAAUAGAGGAUUAUAAAAACCAUGAAGAUCCUAAUUUAAUACGAAGAUUAUUAAAAGCAUCUGCAGUUCCUAAUAAAGUAUGCACAAAAUUGGAAUUAGUUGAAAAUUCUUCAUUUGAUAAUGUUGACAUUUUAGUUGGAAACAACGAUGAGAGUUUUCAAUUUGUUAAUUGUAUCAGUUUGGAAUAUAAAAACGAUAUUAUUAAAAAUGAAAUAAAUGAAAACACAUUGCAAAUUGAUGAAUUAAGUACAUCAACAAAAAUCAAUCCAGCAACUAAGAGAACUCUCAAUGAUAAAGCAGUAACAUUUGUUAAUGUUAAUCAAAUCAAAAAAAGGAAAAUUAGAGAUUGUUUACAACCAGUAGUAAGACAAGGAUGUCAAAAUGUUUCAGGAAUCGUAAGAAAAGAAGAUUUUAGAAAUGUAAAUACAUGGUUAAGAUUUCAAAAAUAUAUUAAUGUGAUGAGAAAACAAUACAAAUCUUUAUUACAUAAGAAUCGAAGGCUUCAUCUUCAAUUAAGCAAUUUUAAAGACAUGUUAAACACUUUAAAAACAAAAUAAUUAUCUGAUCUAUUUCUACUAUUUCUUACACAUAAAAAUAAGAGUAGUUUGUUAUGUCUACGAUUUAUAAAUUUCCAUUUUUUUCGGCUGUUUAA